AUGAUGCACCUCCCAUUCACUCUCUUCGUCGCCCUUGUACCCUUCUCCGCAUUUGCUUCUCAAAUUCCAUUGGAACACAGUCUACCCUCCUCAUCUUCAACCACUCUCGUCGACGCUCUCUCCGCAGACCAAGACUAUACUUCAGUCUUACGCCUGCUCCAACGAGCUCGUCUCAUCCCGACUCUCAAUAGGCUUGAUGGCAGCACUUUCUUCGCUCCAACAAACGACGCUAUAAAACGCCAUAGCUUAGCCCAUCCACUAUGGCACUCCGUACUCAACGAUAAUUCUUUCAUCUUGGCCGACAACGUCCAAGAACAACUAAGACAACAACUUUUCUACCAUCUCUUGAAUUACUCUCUUCCAGUUUCUUCAGUCGACAAUGACGUGCAAGUUCAUAAAACUCUACUCUUUCCUCGUAACCACUCUGAAUCACCUUCACGGGAACCUCCCUGGAUGCCAAGUCCCGGUGGCACUCUGGGUGGCGAACCACAAAGGCUCCGACUGGCGGCUCAUGGAGAAGAAGUUCGAGUUGGUGUCGAUUCGUUUGGAAAGGGAGGUGUUAAAGUUGUAAAAGGCCAACAGGAUGCUGGAAAUGGUGUCUUGCUUGGGAUCGAUGACGUUCUAGAGCCUCCUCUGGACUUGUCGACAAUCGCUUCCCAGCAUACUUCAUUAUCUUACUUUCACAAGAUUUUGUCCCAUGACGUCAUCGACCGCCUCAAUACAACGUCGAACCUCACGCUCUUCCUACCAGUCAACGAAGCUUGGGAUGCCCUAGAUCCUUAUGAACGACUGUAUCUGGAGAGCGAAUUUGCCGCCGAUGACUUGAUGCGAAUUUUGGAUAUGCAUUCCGUCGUGCGGGACAGCGUCGCAUGGUCCGAUUCAUUUACUCCGUCCUUAAAUCUGACCACGGUAGACGGUAUGAAGCUUGAAAUCGUAGUCACUCCAGAAAAAACUACGGUUUCGGGUGCCAGCUUAGUUCACCCAGACAUCUAUGCGUCCAAUGGUGUUCUCCACCUCGUUUCCUCUCUCCUCAUACCUGAUGGCGUAUUAAAGUUGACGCCAGAAAAGUAUCUUCUGGCCCUCAAAUGCACAACGUUUGUCUCACUCCUUCAUUCCGUUGACCUUACCACUUUGAUCAACGACACGGAUGCUAAAUAUACAAUUCUUGCGCCUCGCGACGAUAUUCUAACCGUAUUCGGAGAAGGUGAACUUCCAGGUCGUGGCACAGCGGAAUUGAAGAGGUUGCUUCAAUAUCAUUUUAUACCAGGAAAAUGGACGCCAAAGAAACUGGAGGACGGAAUGCUCUUACAAACCGCUUUGGAGGAAGACGGUCUCGCUGGAGGUCAUCAAGUUCUUAGUAUAGAAGUCACCUCUGACGAAAAGAAGAAAGCGGUCGAGAAGACGAUAAGAUUCGGUGGCGCAGGUGUUAUUGGUGACUUUAUCGAAAUCAACAAUGCCCUGAUAUAUUUUAUAUCGCGGCCGCUCGUACCGCCAUCGGAUCCGCUUCAGACUGCAUUGCCUUUCCUUGAGCUGUCAUCGUUUCUCGCGGCCAUCUUUUCGACGUCCAAAGCUGAAACGCUGAGGACCGCUCCGCAUACCACCCUCCUGAUACCUCGUAAUCAUGCCUUUAAACGUCUUGGUUUGCUCGUCAGUGCCCAUCUUCUCUCCUCUUCAUCAAAAGAAGACCUAGAAAACGUUCUUCUUCACCACACCCUCGACACUGUGGAAUACGCCAAGUCUAUCUUGGGCGGUUCACAACAUACCUUCGCCUCUCUCGAGGGAAGCGAUAUCAAGAUCGAGCGUCUCCAGAAUGGUUCUGUCGUUGUUGGGCCAAGUGGCGGCUGGGCUGGCAUGACGGCUCAACUUCAUCCCCGCGACUUGCUUACUCGGACUGGAGUUAUACAUGAACUGUCAGACAUCCUUAUACCAAGGUCUGUGGAAUUGUCAAUCGGAAAGCUUGUGAAAGCUGCCAAAGGAAGUACGAUGGCUACACUGGUUAACAAGGCUGGGUUCGAGUGGGUGCUAAAUGGGACCGCCCCACCUGAAGACUCUCCUUGGGCGGACGGUGUAGGCUGGACAUUGUUGUGUCCUACAGAUGACGCCUUCAAAGAGUACAACCUAACUAGACUGUACUCUGACAUCGAUGGUCUGCGGUCAAUCGUCACCCAGCACUUGAUUCCUUCCCCAGCUCAGGUGGACCUCGAAGUUGAUGACGACGCACUCAACAAUAAUCGACCGCUUGUUCUCGACGAUGCCACCUACACUACCAUUCAUUCCUCCUCAUCGGCUUACGGUGAUCUCGUCUUUCGAAGAAGAAAGGAUGAUGGGGAGUAUGUUGUAGGAAUAAAGGAUGCGAGAGGAACGAAAGGCGAAGCAGAUUCUGCUCGCGUUCUCUCCUGGGGUCGAUCUACGACCGGAGGAGGCACUGGGGGGGUGAUUCAAAUAGACCGACUGCUGAUACCGUAUCAGCCUUCUUGGUGGAUUCAAUACGGAGCUCCCAGCACAGUCGGCGGAUUUGGUGUUUUGAUCAUGUGUGGAUUUUUCUAUGGCGUCAGGUUGAUCUGGCAGCGGGACACUACAGAGGCUACAUACGAACCUAUGGGUGGAUUUGGUCGCGACGACGACGAUUCUUAG